GUGUGUGUGUGUGUGUGUGAGGCACUUGGUAACAGAAAUAGGGAAGAGAGGAAAUUGGCCCUAUUGUUUCGGUGUCCGAGAGAGAGAGAGAGAGAGAGAGAGAGAGAGAGGGGCAGGGAAGGCAUGUUUAUAGUGAAAAACAGUUUUCAUCUAGCGAAGGAGAGAGCAGAUGAGUGUUUCUUACCUUGAGGACUCUGACUGCAGUAAGAGAGUGUCUUCUUAUCCUUCUCCCUCUAUAAUGUCUGUAAUGAUGCUGGUGUCUGAUGUGAGGAGAUCCCCGGAUCCCCGCCGGUUCUUAAAGCACACACGCCGCGCGCGAUCCUUCAUCUCUCCGUGAUCUGAUGCCACCGCGCGCGUCCCCUUUAAAACAAAAGGAUUUCCUCCUCCUCCUCCUCUCCUCCUCCUCCUCCUCCUCCUCCUCCUCUACAGCUCACUCUCGCGCUUUGCCUCCUAUUGUUCCUCCUGCCCGAGUGUCAGAGCCGGAUUUCCGCUCAUUAAUCACCGUAGCCGGUACCGGGUGACCGAUUAGACAGGCAGGCAUCCCGCGCGCGCGCGCAGCACCGGAGCUCAUGAGGAUGCUCUGACUGCGGCUUCAUCCCAAAUGCCUUUGUACUGAACACACGGAGUGUUUAGUAUUCCGUCUCCCUAUAUAGUGCACUUUUGGAGUGAGCGGUUUGGGAUCAACACUGAGGAGAGGAACCGGGGCAAACACUCACUGAGUGAGUGUGUGUUUGUUGUGUGUGUGUGUGUGUGUGUGUGUGUGUGUGUGUGUGUGUGUGUGUGUGUGUGUGUGUGUGUGUGAUAGAGAAUGGCCCCAAGGCCAUCUUCAGGUGAGUUAUGGGGUCUACACCUGAUGCCCCCCCGUAUUUUGGUGGAUUGCUGUUUACCCAAUGGGAUGCUCGUCAGUCUGGAGUGUUUACGUGAAGCUCCACUCAUCAGCAUUAAACAGCAGCUAUUCACAGAGGCCCGCAAAUACCCCCUCUACCACCUCCUGCAGGAGGAGUCAUGUUACAUCUUUGUGGGUGUGACCCAGGAGGCAGAGAGGGAGGAGUUUUACGAUGAAACACGGCGACUGUGUGACCUUCGACUUUUCCAUCCUAUCCUGAAGGUCAUAGAACCGCUUGGCAACCGAGAAGAGAAAAUCCUGAACCGUGAGAUUGGAUUUGCUAUAGGAAUGCCGAUCUGUGAGUUUGAGCUGGUGAAAGACUCGGAGGUGCAGGACUUCAGGAGGAGCAUCCUGAGUGUGUGUAGGGAGGCAAUGGAGGAGCGUGAGGGAGGAGGACCACACACACACGCUCUGUACGUUUACCCCCCCAGUGUGGAGUCAUCACCACAACUACCACAACACAUCUAUGCCAAACUCGACAAAGGGCGUUUAAUUGUAACCAUCUGGGUGGUGGUGUCUCCAUCUAAUGCCAAGCAGAAGUACACGCUGAAGAUCGCUCACGACUGUGUGCCAGAGCAACUGAUCGCUGAGGCUAUCAGAAAGAAGACACGCAGUAUGCACCUGUCGGCCCAGCAGCUCCGCCUGUGUGUGCAGGAGUAUCAGGGGCAGUAUAUCCUCAAGGUGUGUGGCUGUGAUGAGUACCUGCUAGAGAAGUACCCGCUCAGCCAGUACAAGUACAUCCGUAGUUGUAUCAUUGUGGGGAAGCUGCCACACCUCAUGUUGGUCAGUAAGGACAGUGUGUAUGAUCAGUUGCCAUGCAGUGGCUUCGUUACUCCCUCAUACAGCCGUCGCACGCCCCAGCCGAGUCCAAGCCCCGGAGGGGGUGACCCCACUAACCCCCGCUCACUCUGGACCUUCAAUGCUCACACUCCACUCCGCAUCAGACUCAUCUGCGCCACCUACGUCAAUGUCAAUAUCCGAGACAUAGACAAGAUAUAUGUGAGGACUGGUAUAUAUCAUGGAGGAGAGCCUUUAUGUGACAAUGUCAACACACAGAGAGUUCCAUGUUCCAACCCCCGGUGGAACGAGUGGCUAAUGUAUGAUAUCACUUUGACUGAUCUCCCACGUGCUGCUCGUCUCUGUCUCUCCAUUUGCUCCGUCAAGGGUCGUAAGGGGGCUAAAGAGGAGCACUGUCCUCUGGCUUGGGGCAAUGUUAAUCUGUUUGAUUAUAAAGACACAUUGGUCAGUGGUAAAGUUGCUCUGAGUCUGUGGCCUGUUCCACAUGGACUAGAGGAUCUGCUCAAUCCCAUUGGUGUGGCAGGAUCCAAUCCCAACAAGGAGACCCCAUGUGUAGAGUUGGAGUUCCCCUCUUUUAAUCACACAGUGGUUUUUCCGGAUGAACAGCAGAUUGAGGAACAUGCUAACUGGAUCAUCUCCCGAGAGCUGGGAUACAACUACUCCCUCAGCCUGAGUAAUCGGUUGGUGUGUGACAGCUCUAUCUCUCAGGCGGAAGCUGAACAACUUCGUGCUCUCUGCAACCGAGACCCACUGUAUGAGCUCUCAGAGCAGGAGAAAGACUUUCUAUGGAGACAUCGACAUUACUGUGUGAAUAUUCCAGAAUGUCUUCCUAAACUGCUUUUGUCUGUCAAAUGGAAUUCACGGGAUGAGGUGUCCCAGAUGUAUUGUCUGCUCCGUGAUUGGCCCCUCAUGCAGCCUGAGUCAGCUCUGGAGUUGUUGGACUGUAAUUUUCCUGACCCGAUGGUGAGAGAGUUUGCUCUGCGGUGCCUUAUGCAGGGACUCACUGAUGACAAGAUCAGUCAGUACCUACUGCAGCUCGUUCAGGUUUUAAAGUAUGAGAUGUAUCUGGAUAAUCCACUGGCUCGGUUCCUCAUUAAAAAAGCUCUGACCAAUCAGAGGAUAGGACACUUUUUCUUCUGGCACCUGAAGUCAGAGAUGCACAAUAAGACAGUGUCUCGGCGGUUUGGUUUGCUGUUAGAAGCGUUCUGCAGGUCAUGUGGGAUUUACCUGAAACACCUAAACAGACAGGUUGAAGCCAUGGACAAGCUGGUGAACAUCACUGACAUGCUGAAACAUGAAAAGAAGGAUGAGACGCAGAAGACUCAGAUGAAGUUUCUGGUUGAACACAUGUCACGUCCCGAUUACAUGGAGGCUCUGCAGGGCUUUGUCUCUCCUCUGAAUCCUGUACACCAACUGGGUAACCUCAGGUUGGAGGAGUGCAGGAUCAUGUCUUCAGCAAAGCGUCCUCUUUGGCUGAACUGGGAGAAUCCUGACAUCAUGAGUGAACUUCUCUUCACCAACAACGAGAUUAUCUUUAAAAAUGGAGAUGACCUGAGGCAGGACAUGCUGACACUACAGAUCAUCAGGAUCAUGGAGAGCAUUUGGCAGAAUCAGGGACUCGACCUGCGGAUGUUGCCGUAUGGGUGUCUCUCUAUCGGGGACUGUGUGGGUCUGAUUGAGGUGGUGAGGAACUCCUUCACUAUAAUGCAGAUUCAGUGUAAAGGAGGCCUGAAGGGGGCGCUACAGUUUAACAGUAACACACUGCACCACUGGAUCAGAGAGAAGAACAAGGGGGAGAAUUAUGACAGUGCAAUCGAUCUGUUCACUCGUUCAUGUGCUGGUUACUGUGUAGCCACGUUUAUCCUUGGAAUUGGAGACAGACACAACAGCAACAUCAUGGUCAAAGAGAAUGGACAGUUGUUCCAUAUAGACUUUGGACAUUUUCUGGACCAUAAGAAGAAGAAGUUUGGUUAUAAGCGUGAGCGUGUCCCCUUCGUCCUCACACAGGAUUUCCUCAUCGUCAUCAGCAAAGGAGUGCAGGAGUGUACCAAGACCAAGGAGUUUGAGAGGUUUCAGGGGAUGUGUUACAAAGCAUACCUGGCGAUCCGUCAGCACGCAGGUCUUUUUAUUAACCUGUUCUCAUUGUUGUUGGGCUGUGGGAUGCCCGAGCUGCAGAGCUUUGACGACAUCUCCUACCUGAGGAAAACCCUCGCUCUGGAGAAGAGCCAGCAGGAGGCGCUGGAGUACUUCACCAAGCAGAUGAACGAUGCCCACCAUGGCGGCUGGACCACCAAGAUGGACUGGAUCUUCCACACUAUUCGUCACAUGCCCAAUGAGCACUGACACACACACACAUGCACACACACACACACACACACACACACACACUUCAAAACUGCUCUGGAGAUCUGCAGGAAAACUGAUGAAUCUCAGAACAGCUUCAUGAGGUAAAUGCAAAGACUAUUAUACAAUGGUUAGAGCCUUUGGUGCAUAUUUAUUAUAUACUGUAUAAGGACACACACUCAAGCACACACACAUGCGCACGCACACACACGCGCACACACACUCACACAGACAUGCACUAUUUUCUGCACUAAUAUAUUUACAGCACUGCACUAAGUAGAGAUGAAAAAGUCACAACAGUAUUACAGAAGAACUGGACAUGCACAGUAAUUAUGCACACACACACACACACACACACACACACACACACAGAUAUACUGUACACCUGCACUAUGUAGGGAUCAUAAAUAGUGAGUGUAAUAAGUGACAAGUUCUGAAAUUCACACUUGACGUUUAUCUUCCUUUUGCUGACGUUGACAUGCAAAAAGCUCUUUUACAAUCAGCUACAACUGACUGCACUACAGGUCCUCAGGGUUACACAAGGGUCAAAGGUGAAGCUUUGGUGCAAAAAUUGAGACCAAAAUCCACCUCUAGCACACAUGCCCCAUAAUGCACUGCAAACCUGAAAAACCUGAUACGCUUGAGUAGCACGAUCACAAGGUUGUGAUAGUCUUCCUCAGUAAACUCUUACUACUUUUAGGAACAAUGCGACGUUAACGUCCGUGUGAAAGAGAUUUAAAACCAGUGUCACUGUGAAAGCCAUCCGAUCCUCUGACCAGCUCAGAACAUGCGCUGAACAAUCGAACGCAUCGAUCAAUCAUCCUGUAUGAAGACUCGACUAGCUCAGAAUUCAUCCUUCUUUUCCCAAAUGAUGCUGAAAUAAAAUAUGAGCUCUACAUGAUGACGUGUUUAUAUUCUCUAAAGGCUCCCCGACUCUAAAUCUCAUUCUUAAACAGACACUUUAAAAUAAAUGUUCUACUUAAAAUUUAAUAAAUACAAUCAAUUUAAAAUUUAAUAAAUCAAUUUAAAUAACUAAUUUAUCUACAUCAGUAAGUCACUGAUGCAAAAGAGAAAUAAAAUGUUAUUGUAUUUGACAUAAAUCAGUAUUUCACACCUGUACACUACAAGAGUAUUUGCACAAUUUGUAAGGAAUAACUCAGGUGUAAAUAAAACGUCCUACAAUCAAACUUAUUGAAGAAUCAAUCAUCGCCCUUAUAUGGAAGCUUCAGUUCUUCUUUUCCUCUCUAAACGUUGGUACUUUUACCCAACACCCAGCGUACAGAACUUUAUGUUAAGAAGCUAACUCUGUUUUUCUUCAAUAAAUACAAGGAUGUGGUGAAACAAAUCAUUUAACAGCAUCUUAAUUGAUCUUGUGAUAAAUUCACUGUUCAGUGUUUAAAUGUGAUGUUAAUUCUCUUAUUUCCGGCACAUUCGGACUUCGGUGAUCAUGCUUCUUAAAUCGAAGCUUUAAUUACAUUUUUUUCUAAAUUACAACUUAUGACUAAAUAUCUUUCAAAUAAAUCCUGAACAGUCAACUGAUUAGUGUGUAAAGUAAAAUGUCUUUACUGGUGUAUAAGCUGAGAAACUGGCUGAUAUAAGUGUAGGAGUUUAGAUUUGUUCAGUUACUUAUUGGACUGUGUAUAUGUUCAGUGUUGAUGUUAGCUAACAUCCUGUAGCAUGACUGGUUUGUCUCAUAUGUGUUUAGUUCUUACAGAUAAACGGGUAUUGACCAGAGUGCGUUUCCAUGGUUACAGUGUUACUGGCCAGUUAGAGUUUAGUUCCAGUUGUUUAUUUGUGAGUUUAAUGUUUUAUGUUCAUUAAAGGUUCUUGUUUUCUUAUGAGUAAAAUACUAGACUGUAGGGUUGUAAGAGUGUGUAAUAUCUGUGGUGUAAUAAUCAUCUGAGUCAACAGUAUCUAACCCUACAGUACCCAACCCCACAGUACCUAACCCUACAGUACCUAACCCUACAGUAUCUAACCCUACAGUACCUAACCCUACAGUACCUAACCCUACAGUACCUUACCUACAGUACCCAACCCUACAGUACCUUACCUACAGUAUCUAACCCUACAGUACCUAACCCUACAGUACCCAACCCCACAGUACCUUACCUACAGUACCUAACCCUACAGUACCUAACCCUACAGUACCUUACCUACAGUACCUUACCUACAGUACCUAACCCUACAGUAUCUAACCCUACAGUACCCAACCCCACAGUACCCAACCCCACAGUACCUUACCUACAGUACCUAACCCUACAGUACCUAACCCUACAGUACCUAACCCUACAGUACCUUACCUACAGUACCUAACCCUACAGUACCUAACCCUACAGUACCUAACCCUACAGUACCUAACCCUACAGUACCUUACCUACAGUACCUAACCCUACAGUACCUAACCCUACAGUACCUAACCCUGCAGUACCCCAUACUAAACAUUCAACCUGUUUUUGCCUUAAAGUUUAAACAAAAUGCCACGAUACAAAUGAGACAAUAUUAAAUACAGGUUUGUUUAAUUCUUUAAAAAAAAAAAAAAAAAGCUCAAAUUUUGACUUCCUGACAAUCAGGUAGCAGCAUUUUUUUUGUUUUAUUUCAACACGUUCAUACUGUAGAAUUUUCAUAAAUUAAACAGAAUUCUAAUUAAAUAUAGAAUCACAACAAAGGACUUGAACAAUGAGAUGAUUUGGGUUUUUUGGACCAGAUUGAGUUAAUUUAUAGAUUUGUUCUCAGUAGGUCAUCAGUAGGUCAUCAGUAGGUCAUCAGUAGGUCAUCAGUAGGUCCAUCAGAAAGUCAUCGGUAGGUCAUAAGUAGGUCAUCAGUAGGUCCAUCAGAAAGUCAUCGGUAGGUCAUCAGUAGGUCAUCAGUAGGUCAUCAGUAGGUCAUCAGUAGGUCCAUCAGUAGGUCAUCAGUAGGUCAUCAGUAGGUCCAUCAGAAAGUCAUCGGUAGGUCAUCAGUAGGUCAUCAGUAGGUCAUCAGUAGGUCCAUCAGAAGGUCAUCAGUAGGUCAUCAGUAGGUCCAUCAGUAGGUCCAUCAGUAGGUCCAUCAGAAGGUCAUCAGUAGGUCAUCAGUAGGUCCAUCAGAAGGUCCAUCAGUAGGUCCAUCAGAAGGUCAUCAGAACAAUGUAGCAGAAAGCAGGUGACAUGAAACAUGGAGAUGUUGAACAGUCGUUUAAUUCAUCGUGGAUUGCGUUUAUGGAAUAGAGUAAUGCAGCUUUGCACAAACUCUGUGUUUGGUUUGUGUCGAAUGAACAAAGCUUUAAAAGCAAUAACAUACAGUAGGAUCAGAUUUGUGGAAAAUCGCUGUACUGUAAUUUUAAUAAAGGUUUUGUAUUUGUUUGUUCGGACAAAUCAGUGGCUGUUUGUCACCUGAUGAUGUUUAUAGUGAUGUUUUAUGGAGUAAACUUUUCUCAGCUGUGUCAAACAUGUGCCGUGUUUUAUAUCAUAGACGAACGAUAUUGACAUAUGAUGAUAUUGUAAAUUAUUCUGUUAGUUUAUGGAGUGAAAAAAAAAGGUUAAAAAUAAUAAACAGCUCGAGUUCAUUUGA